AUGAAUAGGUUAACGGUGGCGGAGCACCAGCGUGUGCCAACAAAUCUCAAGGAGACCUUGACAGCAACGAAUGGUGCGCAGUCAGCCGGGCUGCCAGCAACCUUAUUCUUCCAAGGCGAAAUAUUCCACCAGGCGAUCCUGCAGCCGCCAUCCCCGACCUCCUGGCAGUGUUCCUCAUCAGUUCCGACAUCAGCAGAAGACGCUUCCGGUCUCACUAGCCUGAUCCACGACGCGCACUACCACUCGGCGGGAGUUGGCGGCCUGACUUUGGACGACAUUGUUGCCCAGUCGCUCUCACUCGACCCUGCUACCUCUUUUGAUUUCCACCAGUUCAACCAAGACGCCGACAAUCACAACCAACUGCAGCAGUCUUCACUCACUGCGGCUGUUGACACUGCCAUUCUGGAUCCUUCAUUUUGGGACCCGACGCUCGUCCUGGACCCGUCUAUUGCUUCUGAAAAUCCACUCUUCCCUACCAUUCAACCCUCAUCUUCUGUCAGCCCUGUCGACUCCUUCUUGACUCUGGACACGCCGUCGCUUGCUUCUAGCGUCUCCUCUCUUAGUCCGAAGGAGUUUGCCAGCAGCGAGUUUGGUGACACUCCAGUUCCCACAAAGUCCCACCAUGUUCGUGAGAACAAGCCUCCCGGCGGUACGGACAGCAAGAAAGUUACCAAGGACAAGAUGGCGCCCGCCAUGUCCGUCUUCUCUGUAAAGACCUCGGUCUCUGGCCGGAAACGGACGCGCGAUGCGCAGGCCACUCCUGAAGGAAAUGAAGACGAAAUUUUGGCCGACAAGCGGCGUCGCAACAACGCUGCGGCUGCCAAGUAUCGUCAGAAGAAGGUUGAUCGCAUCUCGGAGCUUGAAGAUUGCGUCGCCGAGAUUUCCAAGGAGCGGGAUGACCUCAAGUUGCAGCUUGCGAAGCGGGACGAGGAGAUUCGGAUACUGCGGGAGAUGCUAUUGGGGAAGAAGUAG